GCCCAAACUCUAUUCGUCUUGAAAUUUGUCACUUACUUUAUGGACAUUGUGAGCUUGACAGCGAUUUCACUUCGAUUUAUCUCACUGUACGAUGAUGAUCAUGAUGAUUCGGAUGAUGAUGAUGACUCGGAUGACUCGGAUGACUCGGAUGAUGAUGAUGCUGACGACGACGAUGUCAAUGAAGCAGUACAAUCUCAGAGAUAA